GCGGAAGUGUAGUAUUUUAUCAACUGAAUAGUAAUUUUGCUCCGUGCGUGUGAGAAAAGGAAGAAAGGAGGGGAGCGUACGGUAAAGUGCUGCUGGGUAGUACUGAGGGUACGGGGCAGUUUUUGUUAUUAUUGUUCAUACACUGUCCAUUUCCACCUCUCCUAUCCUGGCGAAAGUUUAAACGGUUAAAAUGGAGGCGGACAGAUCCGGCGGAGGACCAAACCCGAACUCCGGAGGCGGCGGCAGUAGCAGCGGAGCGGGGCGCAACCCAAACGGGCCCAAAGCAGCACCGGGCCAGGCGACAUCAGCUGCGGCGACCGGGGCGAUGGCAGCGGCGGCGGCAGCAGCAGCAGCAGGAUCGUUGCAGGGUCGGGAGCCGCAGGACGGGGACUCCGCUAUGACGCUUCCUGGGAUCCUGCACUUCAUCCAGUACGAGUGGGGACGGUUCCAGGCCGAGAAAUACCGCUGGGAGGCGGAGAGAGACGAACUCAGGGCUCAGGUGGCGUUCCUUCAGGGUGAGAGGAAAGGGCAGGAAAAUAUGAAACAGGACCUGGUGAGGCGGAUCAAAAUGCUGGAGUAUGCCCUCAAACAAGAGAGGUACAACAAAAUGGCUAAGCACCAGAAGUUGAAGACAGGAAAUGACCAGAGUCCUGGUGACAAAAAAACAGAGACAGAAGCGGAGCCAAUGACCAAUCUAUUUUCUGUAGUUCCCAAUGGGCCAGCUGAGUCAGAUUCAGAGCCAGUCAAUCAGAUGUCCUGGAAGGAAGGACGUCAGCUACUACGCAGAUAUCUGGAGGAGGUGGGUUAUUCAGACACUAUCCUGGACAUGCGGUCUAAGCGUGUGCGGUCCCUGCUCGGGCGAAGCAGUCCGGAAGCCAACGGACCCCCAGCCAGUGAAACCUGCACCGAGCCUGAGCCUCAGGCUGGUGGAGAGUCGUUGCUGGUCAGACAGAUUGAGGAGCAAAUCAAGAGGAAUGCUGGCAAGGAAAGCUCUAAGGAGCGUCUCGGCAGCUCGGUGCUGGAUAAGAUCCCCUUCCUGCAUGGCUGCGAGGAUGACGAUGAAGAUGACAGUGACGAGGACGAUGACUUCCAAGGCAUGGCAGCUGACUGCAUCGAUGGACCUCGCAAGAACAAAAAGUCACGUGUAAAGAUGGGAACGGAGCCCAUGACCACAGACCUGGACCCAGAGGAUGAGGAAGACGAAGAUGACUCAGAAGAUGCCCUUGGAGAAUUCGACUUCCUGGGCUCAGGGGAGGAUGGGGAGGGGGCAGGGGAGGCACGGAUCUCGGGGGACGGACGGGAGUUAGAGAACCACAGGAACAAGUUACAAGGCAUGAUGUCGGACUUCCCCCCUAAACCUGCCCCGCCCCCUUCUGUAUCAGGACAAGCUCGAUCCUGUGAAGGUGGCGCCCUGGGCUUUUCCUCUGACGUCUUCAUCAUGGAUGCUGUUGGAGGAGGGGACAUGAACCUUGGUGAACUGGCUGAUCUCACUGUUGCCAAUGACAACGAUCUGUCUAUGGAUAUGCAGGAUAACAGAGAGGAGUUUAAGAAGACGUGGAACCCACGCUUCACACUACGCAGCCAUUUUGAUGCCAUCCGCGCUUUGACCUUUCACCCCAGCCAAGCGGUGCUGCUCACAGCUUCUGAGGAUGGGACACUAAAGCUGUGGAACCUCAACAAGGCCAUGCACUCUAAAAAGAACGCAGCUUUGGAUGUUGAGCCCAUUUAUACGUUCAGAGCACACAGUGGAGCUGUUUUGUCACUGACUAUGGGUGAGGAUGGGGAAUCCUGCUUCAGUGGAGGUCUAGAUGGAACCGUCAGGUGUUGGAAGAUGCCAGAUCUCAAUGUGGAUCCUUAUGAUAACUAUGAUCCUGGCAUUGAAAGCAGUGUACUAGCAGGCCAUGAGGACAGUGUCUGGGGUCUGACCUACUCAGCAGUUCACCACCGUCUUGCUUCAUGCUCGGCUGAUGGCACCAUUCGCAUCUGGGACCCUCAGAACUCGGCUCCAUGCCUGUCUGUCUUCAAUAAGGAGAGAGAGCAUGGAACACCCACCUCGGUGGCCUUUGUGGCUGUUGACCCCAACCAGGUGGUGGUUUCAUUUGAUGGCGGCGAGACAUUGCUCUAUGACCUUAACACAGAGCAGAGCAUCACUGCGCUUGAGACACAGACCAAGGAUGGCAGUGAGCUGAUCAACAGAGUGGUCAGUCACCCGUCUGAGUCUGUCUCCAUCACUGCUCAUGAAAACCGCACCAUCCGCUACCUAGACAAUAAGACGGGUAAAGUUGUCCACUCAAUGGUGGCUCAUCUGGAUGCAGUCACUUGUCUUACAACAGACCCUAAAGGCACUUACCUCAUCUCUGGCAGCCAUGACUGCUCGGUGCGUCUGUGGAUGCUGGACAACAGGACAUGUGUGCAGGAGAUCACAGCCCACAGGAAGAAGCACGAUGAGGCUAUUCAUGACGUGGCCUUCCACUCCUCUCAGCCGUUCAUUGCCAGCGCUGGAGCAGAUGCACUUGCCAAGAUAUUUGUGUGACAGUGCUGUUGUCAUCCUGGUAAGAUGAAGGAGUGGAGUCUGUGUGGAGGGGUGCAAGACGAGGACAGUGUGGUCUCAGAUACAUGAAUUCACCCUUAAAGCUUUGUCUUCCAGGUUCUUAUGUCCUCAGGAGUGAAGGUAAUUGGUAAUUGUUCUUGCUUGAGUUUUCAUGAAGACAUUUCACCUCAUAUUCAAGAGGCUGAAGAUGAAAUCUUCAGACUUUAAGAUAACUCAAGCGAUUCUACUUCUCCUGAGGACCAUAUGCGCUUGUCCAAGUGUACCUGAUCCUUCAUUGUGAUUUAAGAUAACAGCUGCCUUUGGGGACGUUAGAUUAGAACAAAUCCUGGACUGGGCGUCCUAAUAGAGGUCCAGACAAACAUUAGCUCACAUGGUUGAAUGAUGACAUGUACCUCAUGAGGACCAUAGUGGACACUGGCUGACUUACAGAUGUACAAACUAUGAAUUUGCUGGUCUGUCUGCUGUUCUAAUUGUGUUUACUUCCCUUUUCUCCCUUUUAGAGUCCUAUAACCACAACUGGGCCAAAGGAGAGUGGAUAAACUUCACCUACCUACCUACACACACACACACACACACACACACACACACACACACACACACACUGUCCUGCGCCCUGCCGGCUGGGUCACCACCACAGGACAUCACCUCCCCUCAAUUCCUCACUGUUCUCUGAUGCCUCACUGACUUCUUGUAAUACUAAUCACACAUGUUUUUUCAACUUUAACUGCUCUGUUUUCAACAACAACAAAUAAGAGAAAACGUAUGUCUGGAGUAACACUUUUUCUACACUACAGUAUUGUUCAGCUUUUUUUCCACCCCUCAGUCUGCCAGUGGUUUUUGCAAAGCACCAUUUGUGUGUGAACUGCUGACAAACUUAAAAGAAUACCACAGUGGAAACACUCACAAUGCACACAACACACAAAUGCUUGGUUGCAUUUGAGUUCUUUUUUUUUUCUUUCUUUUUUUUUUUUAAAUCGCUGCAAAAUUGUUUAUCUAUGAUACUCAUACUGUACGGAGGCAUGAUUUCAAACAGUAAGACAGAAACACCUGACCAACCUCUGCAUUGGACAACAAUGUAUUACAUUCCAAAGACUCCAGGGGAAGUGUGUGUGUGUGUGUGUGUGUAUAUGAGAGAGAGAUGUUGCAUUUGGGGGUUGGAGUAUGUUUAACUUAGGUAUGUGUGAUCUAAGGAGGCGCAAAAAAUGAUCACUAACCAGUGUUUAAACGGAUAGCUUUAAUUUGAACUUCAUCGCCAAGUCAUCGAUUCUCAUUGUGUGUCUGGCUAUUUAAGUGUCCCCAUGAUCCUGCCUCUAAUUUUACGAGUGUGUGUGUGUGUGAGAGAGAGAGAGAAAGGCUCUCUUGUACAAUCCACUGUAUGAGGUAAAUGUACAUAUUUACUCAAGCAAGGUCCAUUUCUACAAAUGUCCAGUUUGAGCUCUCCUUUGCAGACAGGUGGCGUCACACCCCUGUGAACUGGUUUAAAGAUGGAUAUCAUGGGAGCACAGUUUGUAGGCGACAGGGGUGUGUCCGUUUUUAUUCUCUCAACUAAUGACUGAGUGUGUCUUUUGUCACUUUUUACUGUACAAAAGAGAGCGAGUGAGUGUGUGUUUGUAUACGCACUAGUUAUAUCAUGGUGCUAUGAAAGACCUUGUCAGUCUUGAGUCAGAAUCAGGGACAUGUGGUGUGUGUGUGUGUGUGUGUGUGUGAGAGAGAGAGAUAGAGAGUGUGAAAAAGAGAUUGUGUUUUUUUUACAUAUCGGGCGACAGAUGUUCAUCGAGUCAAUUAACUUUUACACUAACUUGUUGCGGUUCCGUCAUUUCACUAACGGUGGUCAUGUUUCAGAAUCAACACUUGUGUUAAUGUCUCUCAUCAGAGGGAUGUGGCUAAUGUUGACAGCAGUGGGUUCAGGUCUGAGGAGUGUACAGAGCUGAGGAUUAUUAUAUCACAGUGAGGACCACAUGGACUGAAAUUAAGUUCUUAAUGUGUUCUUGUGGUUCCCCUUUUUUUUUUUAUUUCCUCUUGAAGUUGAUGCCAGUGUGUAGGCAUAUAGACAUGUAUUUAUUCAGGCUUUCGGUUGUGUGUUUGUGAUUCCCUCUUCUAGUUUGAUGUGCAUCAGUUGCUCGUUACCCAGUGAGGUAAUGAUGGGAAGAUGGACUCUCUGUAGAGACAUGUAGCCCCAAAAAAAACAGAAGGAAGGGGGAGAAAAGAAACAGAAAAAAUACAAAUAAAACUCUACUUUUGAGAAGAAGAGUAACGUGAUUCAGCAACUAAUCUGUCUUGCUGAGUCAAUACAGUUUUGCCAUUUGUAAAAUGACCCAGACAAGUAGCCAGGAGGUGAUCGUUUUCUCCAAACAGGGUGUUGGACUCCGCUGCAUAUCAUUUUUUUUGCAGCUACAUUAUAAUAUACAGCCCCUGGACAUGAUGUCCUGUUAUCACAUGUAAUAACAAUUUGGCGGCAUGUUGCACUACAUCAAACGGUGGAUGCUGUUUCUUAGACACAGGGUGCAGAGAAAAUGUUUGACACGUGUUUCUAGUACAAUCAGGAGUAAAUACUACAUGUGUAAAAGCUGCUGUGGCUCACAGUUUUUUUCUUUCUUUCUUUCUUUCUGAUAGUGAGGAUUACUGAUGUUUAAACUACUGUGUCCCCUCUCUUAGAACCAAGACAAAUCAGUAUGACACAAGAAAAAAAAAAAAAGAGGCUGCGAAUGACGACUAGAGAUGCCAAUAUGUGCAGUAAAUGUCCACCAUUUCUUUGUUUUUCUUUCUUGCAUUCUUUUCUUUUCAACUAUGAUUAUUAAGAUGUAAGAAUACUGUAGUAUUAUAAGUGAACCAUUCUUCCUUGCUAGGCAUAGAACUUGCUUGUGAUUGAUAAUGGCAAUGUAUAACUUGUACAAAAGCAAAAUAAUUAAAACUUUUGAAAAAUGAAAAAAAAAAGUAAAACUGUUACCAGUCAGAGGCCAAGGUAAAGGACUCUCAUUUAUUUGUGUUUUUAUUUUUUUAUUAGCAAUUUAUCACUGUGUGAUAUUUUGUACAUCAUAUUAAGCUGUAUUCAAACUGUUUUCCUCUAACUACAAGCGAUAAGAGACCUGCCUUUUAUUAAUUUUGUCUUCUAUAUUUUUGAACUGCAUUCUAGCUUGUAUCGGAUGACUUUCUCUUUUUUUGUUUACGGGUCCUUUUGUUGUAUGUCAUUAAGGAAGAAAAAAAAAAUGAAGACUUUUGUACAGUGA